AUGAGCGAUAACGAAUCCAGUUCUGAACAUUUAGAAGUGAAUGGUGCCGAAGUUAUGCCACCAGACAUGCACACCAUUAAAGAGGAAGUAAUAAACAAAGUGUUUGCAGAUAUUAUUGAGAAGUAUAAAAAGAGUUGUGUUGCUUUGUCACUUGUUUUAGACAACAAGUUAUCACCAAUAAACAGUUGUGUGGGUGGAAUUCCAUACUUUCCCAAAAAUAUGAAAUACCCUCAAAAUGACGAAGGAGAAUUGAUGGUGUUAUUAGCACAGAUCAAUUACAGUGAAAUGCCACAUUUAGACAAUUUCCCACAAUCCGGAAUUCUUCAAUUUUUUAUAAACCCAGCGGACGACUAUGGGAUGGAAAGUUACAAAUUGAUUUACCACAAAGACGUCGACGAAAAAUUGCAACAAAAACUUCCCGCAAAAGUGGACAAAAUUAGAAAAGAAGCACUUGAAGAAAGUACAGUUCCUUUUAGUGCAGCAUUUAAAUUGAUUGGAACGAUUUCGGAGACUGUUUAUAUCAAUCCCGAUGAAUCUGAUCAAGUCUACGAAAAGUUGGCACUGAAAUAUUCCGUAGAUAAAAACAAUUUGAGCUUUGAAAUGAGUUGCGACGAUAGAAUGACAAAAUUGUUAUCGCAUUAUGGUGGAAAUCCAAGUAUCCUCCAGUGCGACCCAAGAGAGGGCGAAAACAAGAAGAAAACUGUCCCACUUCUUGAGCUCGAUAGUGUUAGUUAUAGUAAAGAUGAAGAACGAGCAAAAGAAUCCAAAGAUGAGACAUUUAAGAUAUGUUGGGGUGAUGUAGGAAUUGGGAUGUUCUUUAUUGAACCCGAUAAGCUUAAGAACCUUGACUUUAGUGAUACACUAUACUCCUAUGAUUCGUGUUAG